CACGUAUACGGUGUAAACCCCGUGGGCCUUGGCAGUCUUAGCUCUUCUUUUUUGUUAAAUCCUUGUAUCGUCCUAGCUAAAAGAGCAGAAGUUACUAGCGGUAUUGGAACUGACUGGGCACGAUAGAAGUCAGGUACUUUUGCGUGACGCGUGCAGAGUUUUCUUUUCCUGGGCUAACAUGGCCGAACACGAAAUCGAUGAGCGGACACGGAAUCUUCAGCGGCCGGCGACGGAGAUUAUUAUGAGCACGCACACAGAGCCUUCCGAGGACCUGGCCCAGGAGCGCCGCAAGGCAACCUUUGACGUCCAGGAGCUUUCAUAUGUUUUGAACGAAGGCAAAGAUCUGCUGGAAAAAAAGCAGCUAUUUGCCGAGUUGUUGGCUAGUACGCCCUGGGGCGACAAGAGCAGGCGGUAUUUUCUUGAUCGCGAGGAGGAGUACGUGGGCGCAUUGCGUGCGGCGUUUGGCAUUUGGGAGAAGAUGAAGUCCGAGAAGCUGAGUGUGGAGGACGCCAUGAUCAUGCGAACCCUGGUGGAUUUCCCGGGGGGGCUGGAGCUGCACAUCGGGAUGUUCAUCCCCUCGGUCAUGUCGCAGGGCAGUCCCGAGCAGCAGGCGAAGUGGAUGCCGCUGUGCACCAAGCUGAAUGUGAUCGGCACCUAUGCUCAGACGGAGCUUGGUCACGGUACCUUUGUGAGGGGGCUGGAGACAACCGCAACCUAUGACAAGGAGACCCAGGAGUUUGUCCUGCACAGCCCCACCCUGACCUCCACCAAGUGGUGGCCGGGCGGUCUGGGCAAGACGGCCACCCAUGCGGUCGUGAUGGCGCGACUGAUGCUGCCGGACGAGGACGCGGGGGCAGCGGGGGGCAGCAGGGAGGGGGAGGAGGAGGGCGGCAGUGUGGGGGAGGGCGAGGAGGAGGGCGGCAGCGGCGGCGGCCACCGAACCGUGGUUCGCGACUACGGUCCGCACGGGUUCAUCGCUGAGCUGCGGGACCUGGAUACGCACCUGCCGCUGCCGGGGGUGACCAUCGGGGACAUCGGGCCCAAGGCGGGUUUCAACAGUGUCGACAACGGCUACCUCUCAUUCGACCACGUGCGCAUCCCCCGCGAGAACAUGCUCAUGAGGUUUGCAAAGGUCACCCCCAACGGCCGCUACGUGCCCCCUCCCCCCUCCAACAGCAAGGCCUCCUACGCCACCAUGGUGUUUGUGCGCGCCGACAUCGUCAAGAACAGCGGCAGCACACUCGCCCGCGCGGUCACCAUUGCGGUGCGCUACGCGGCGGUGCGGCGGCAGACGGCGCCCGCACCCGGGGAGAGGGAGCUGCAGGUGCUGGACUACCAGAACUGCGCCGCCACGCUGCUGCCGCUGCUGGCCUCCUCCUACGCGCUCAGCUUCAUGGGGGCCGCCAUGAUGGAGCGCUACCGGGCCUUCGAGGCGGAGCGGGACAGGGGCGAGUUCGGAGGGCUGCCGGAGCUGCAUGCGCUGUCGUCGGGGCUCAAGGCCCUGUGCACCUGGAUUGCGGCUGACGGUAUCGAGGAGUGCCGCCGCACGUGCGGGGGGCACGGCUACAGCAAGCUGUCGGGACUGCCCACCCUCUUCCAAAACUACGUGCAGAAUGUGACCUGGGAGGGCGACAACAACGUCAUGUGUCUGCAGACCGCCCGGUACCUCAUCAAGGCGCUGGUGGGGGUGCAGCAGGGCAAGCCAGCCACUGGCAGCGCAGCGUACCUCAACCAGGUAUCCUCGGAGCUGUCCCCCUCCUCCCGCUGCCCCGCCGCCUGCUCCGACUGCUGGGCGGGGCAGCCGGCGGUCGCGGCGGCGGCGCUGCGGCACGCGGCGGCGCGGGCGGUGGUGGCGGCGGCGGAGACGCUGCGGAGCGCCUCCCUGGCAGCCAGCGGCGGCACGCGGCAGAUGGUCUUCGAGGGGCGGCCCUGGAACGAAAACACCGUGGAGCUCAUCAGGGCCGCCAAGGCCCACUGCAUCUAUGUGCUGCACCAGACCUUCCUUGACUCCAUUGCACGCCUGGAGGCGGCAGGGGCAGCGGGCGAGGUGGAGGCGGCGGUGGAGGCGGGCAGCGCCGUGAGCGGCCCCACUGCCGCCGUGCUGAGGCAGCUGGCGGCUCUGUUCGCCCUGGAGCAGCUGGAGCGGGGCGGAGGGGGGGCGGCGCUGCUGGAGGAUGGCUACAUGAGCGCCGCCCAGGCCGCCUCCCUGCGUGUGGCUCACCGGGGCCUGCUGACCGCCCUGCGCCCCAACGCCGUACCCCUGGUGGACGCAUUCGCAUUCACCGACUACCACCUCAACUCGGCGCUGGGCCGGUCGGACGGAGACGUGUACCGCGGGCUGCUGGAGAUGGCCCGUGGGUCGCCGCUGAACGCAACGCAGGAGGGGCCCGCCUGGCCGGAGGUGCUGCGCCCGGUGCUGGCCGCCCGCAGCAAGCUGUGAGGGAGGGAGAGGGACGGUGCAGGGUAAUGCAGAGGAGGGGCGCGAGGUGUAGUAGGUUCGGAGCAGGAUUUAUGCAUGUGUGUGUGGAAGACCGGCCGCGAAGGAGGACAUAUUAUGAUUAUCGGAAGUUGAAGACCCCACCGAGGACGCCACGCCCGGAGGUCUGGAGCCUGGACGCUGGGGAAGGGAUUGGUAGAUGCCGUGUAGGUCUGAUUCAUGCCGUCAAGCGGUAUCUUUGCCGCGUUCAACGGUGCAUCAGGAGUGUGCAGGGGGUGUUGGCUGAUGCAGGCUGUGCUGAUUGUGGCGAGCAAGCUAGCAACAACAUCCUAAAACUACUUUGUUGAUUAAAACUUAGAUCUGGACUUGGACUUGGAGCACGCACUGUUGCGGGUGUCCUUGUUGCAUGGGUGUUUGUGUUCGGGCGGAGAGGCAGUCAGCGGAUCGAUGACGACCGCACUGGUGGUGCAACAGGGCAGAGCAAGAGACGUGCGUGUUGUAUGAGAUUAUGUCAUGUCGCCGUCUUGUCAUGCGAAUCCAGCUGUAAGCC